AUGCAAAUGAGAGACCUCUCUAGGGAACAAAAUCCCAAGCAAAAAGGGACACUUCCAAGUGACACAAUUGCGAACCCAAAGGGUAGUAGGAGUGGUCCAGCUUCUCAUAUCAUUGCAAUUACUACUCAGAGUGGGAAGGUACUACAAGGAGGGAGUGAACAAGUGGUUGAAUUAGAAGAGCCCGAACAUGAGGUUGAGGUUGAAGAGCCAAGUGUUGUUGAAGUUGAAAAGGUUCCGGAAGAUUUGAAAGUGCAAGAAGAAAAUCGGGAAGAGGUAAAGGAAAAGGUAAAAGAGAUACCAAAAACUAUACCUCCUAUUCCUAGACCUUCUCCUCCAUUCCCUCAAAGACUUGCUAGGAAGAAAGAAGACUCGGGAGCUUUUACUAUUCCAUGCACUAUUGGGGCACAUGAUAUUGCAAGAGCCCUUUGUGAUAAUGGGGCUAGCAUAAACUUAAUGCCUCUUGCCAUUUACAAGCAAGCAGGAUUAGGUACGCCAAGGCCCACAAGUAUGAGAUUGCAAAUGGUCGAUUGUUCCAUAAAGAAACCGGUGGGAAUUAUCGAUGAUGUGCUUGUUAAAGUGGGAAAGUUUCAUUUACCCGCCGAUUUCGUAAUCCUUGAUUGUGCGGUUGAAAAAGAGAUCCCUAUCAUUUUGGGGAGACCAUUCCUAGCCACAGGAAAAGCACUAAUGGAUUUGGAACGGAAUGAGAUCAAAUUCUGUAUAAAUGAUGAAGAGGUCACAUUCCAAGCAAGCAAGGGUAUGAAACUAUUGUAUGAAUAUGAAAGCAUCUCGGUGAUUGAUGUUGUUGAUAAAGUGAAAGAUGCGGUUGAAAUGAAGAUGGAAGAACAAUGCCUUGGUGAGGCGUUGGCGCCUAUUUUGGUAAACUUUGAUGGUGAAGAUAUGGAAGGAUAUAUGGAAUCAGUCAAUGCAUUGGAGUGGCUUGGGUCCUACACUUAUGCUCCGGCGAAGCUCUCUCUCGACUUAGAGAAUAGAGCCACUCCUCCCGUAGAACAAUUGUUGGAUGUCUUGAAGGAGCAUAGGAAAGCUAUUGGAUGGACAAUUGCGGACAUCCGAGGGAUUCCUGCCGGAAUUUGCGAACACAAGAUCCAAUUGGAGAAUAAGACUAAACCAAGCCGGAUGCUGUUUGGUUUGUGCAAUGCUCCGGCUACUUUUCAAAGAUGCAUGAUGUCCAUCUUCUCCGACAUGGUGGAGGAUUUUCUAGAGGUUUUCAUGGACGACUUUUCGGUGGUAGGUGACUCUUUUGAGCAUUUUCUCAACAAUCUUAGACAAGUGCUCAAGAGAUGUGAGGAGACCAACCUUGUGCUUAACUGGGAGAAAUGCCAUUUCAUGGUCGAUGAAGGCAUUGUAUUGGGGCAUAAAAUUUCAAAACAUGGCAUAGAGGUCGACCGGGCAAAGAUCGAGAUCAUUUCCAAGCUUCCUCCACCUACUUCAGGUAAAGGUGUCCAAAGUUUCUUGGGGCAUGCCGGAUUUUAUAGGCGUUUCAUCAAAGAUUUUUCCAAGAUUGCAAAUCCUAUUUGCAAACUCCUUGAGAAAGAUGUAAAAUUUAUGUUUGACGAGAAAUGCCUCAAAGCCUUUGAGGAAUUUAAGCAAAAUCUCACCUCGACACCUAUUAUUGUCACACCCGAUUGGUCUCUUCCAUUCGAACUCAUAUGUGACGCUAGUGGUGUAUCUAUUGGAGCAGUGCUUAGCCAACGUCACAACAAGGUUCUUCACCCGGUCUAUUAUGCAAGCAAGACACUCAAUGGAGCGCAAAUGAAUUAUACAGUGACUGAGCAAGAACUUCUUGCCAUUAUCUAUGAUUCCGGGCUUACUUGUUGGGAUCCAAGGUGA